AUGCCAGACCGACGUUUAUCGCGUCUCAUCAAGUCGAAACUGCUGCGGCGAUCAUCAACACCCGCGGCGCCAAAUCCGGGCAACGGGGCGGACCCGAGUGUCCACCACCCAAUUUCAACCUCUGGUAUCUCUGGAAAUCCUCAUCUCUUUGACUCUGCCAGUGAAAAAUCCCCCUACAGUGUCGUAUCCUCAGCGGCCCAAUCGACAGACGACACCACGUCGGUUCCCGACGCGCACGAGGGACACGGUCAGACUCACAAGUCACGCCGCCGGGCCAAGCCCAGUAACCCAUCCCCGCUGCAAUCCGAACAGCAGCUUCAACGGUAUCCUUCAUCCGACCUUCCAACCAGCAUUCCUUUACCGACCCCGAGCGAUCCAAAAUCUUCACUACCACCGACCCCUCUCUCUGAAGAGCUCUCUUCCCCCCUCGAUAGCCCGAUCCCCACCCCACAGCAUUCCGACGACACGUCCCUGCAGGCUGCGCAAGUGAAAUUUCGCACCUCCAACCUAGCCGAAUAUCAAUUGGACCCGACCCUUGAAACCGUUGUUGAGACAUCCCCUGAAGAUCCCCGACCGCCUACAUCUUUCCCCCCCACCCCUGCGGGCAAGCGACCGAGCCUUGCCAUCCGCCGACAGUCUCUUCUCCCCGCGUCACAACAGAACUUGAUUAGUGGCCUACUGGAACAAAGCCUAUUUUUCCCCUCACAAGGCGACCCGGGCAGCAGUCACCCGCCCAUAGCUGCUGCCAGUAUGGUCCAUCGUCGAAUUUGGGUGAAACGGCCGGGUGGCUCGGCCACGCUGGUGCAUUGUCUAGAAGAUGCGGUGGUAGAUGAACUUCGUGACCAAAUCAUCACGAAAUACGGCAACUCAUUGGGCAGGACGUUUGAUUCCCCAGAUAUUGUGAUAAGAAUUGUCGCACGCGAAAACGGAAAUCGACUUACAACACCAGAACGACUAUUGAGCCCAGAAGAGGCCUUAUCGGCUGUCCUCGAUUCGUACUACCCCGGAGGUCAAACCAUCCAAGAGGCGUUGCUAAUUGAAGCACCCACGCGCCGGACACCAAAGCCAUCACCGCGACACACUGGCUAUCAUCAUCACUACCCUUCCGAGCCUGGCGAGCAUGGCGAAUAUUUCCCCCUCAUGCCUGCCAAUACAAAGGUCCCGACCCCACCUACGCAUCCUACACACUCAUCCAGUUCAGGAGUCGUCCCUGCGCCAUCGAUUUCGAUUCUUACAACAGGCGUGCCCCCGCCACUUGCAUCUCCUGGGUCCCGGGCUCGUCAACACCGCCGACCGGCGCUUCAGCGUCAUACGACUAAUUCGCCGACCCUGCUUGGUCAAGUGCCCACUGUGACCGAAACAGGUGUUUCUCCUCAUUCUCAGCCCCCUCCGACUACUGCCCCGCAGAAUGCCCCCACACCCCCAGCGACGGUGGUUGAGUCUCCGCAAGUCAAGUCACACACUCCGCCGGCACCCGUUGCAUCCCCAAGGGCCUUACGAAAAUCAAAAGGCGCAUCCCCGGGAGCAGUCUUUGGUGGAUUAAUUGAUGGCACUGUGCCACCAAUCAACGUUCUCAUUGUCGAGGACAAUAUUAUCAAUCAAAAGCUGUUAGAAGCUUUCAUGAAACGGCUAAGCGUUCGAUGGAAGUGUGCAGCCAACGGCGAGGAGGCCGUACGAAAAUGGCGUCAGGGUGGAUUUCACUUGGUUCUAAUGGAUAUCCAAUUGCCUGUCAUGAACGGCUUGGAUGCUACCAAAGAAAUUCGUCGAUUGGAACGGCUCAAUGGAAUCGGUGUUUUCCCCAAAACAGCCUCCGGUCGUUCCAGCGCUUCAAGCGCCAACUCCGCCGACAAGCGGCCUGGACUCUAUCGCUCUGUUAGCGAAGAAGAUACUUUAAGUGAUCUAUCGCUGUUCCGGAGUCCUGUUAUUAUCGUUGCAUUGACGGCUAGCAGCUUGCAAAGUGAUCGUCAUGAGGCAUUGGCUGCUGGCUGCAAUGAUUUCUUAACCAAGGUUUUUUGUUUCCCCGAAACUCAUAUUUCUCUUCUUAUGCUAACCUUCAAACAGCCUGUGGGUUUCCCGUGGCUCUCACAAAAGGUGACCGAGUGGGGCUGCAUGCAGGCCCUCAUUGACUUCGAGGGUUGGCGCAAGUGGCGUGGCUUUAUGGAUUCUCCCCGCCCCAUGUCACCUCGUUUUGAAAGUGCAGCCAGUCCCAUGCAAACCGGAACUCGUGAUGCACCGAAGCCAGCAGAAGCACUAUCACCAUCUAUAACUCGUACCAAGUCUAAAAUCAAGGGCAUCAAGCGGCCUAGUCUUCCUGAUGCUGCUGAGGUAUUAAGAGAGGAUUCAUGGGGCAGUGGCAGUGGUGACACAGGCGAAUCGGCCACGAGCGCUGACGCAACACCUGCAGAAUCUGAGAAGCCUGCUCAAUCUCCGGCUUCACCACCCGAUCAAUGA